AUGUCGCAAGACGAGCCGGUCGACCCGCUGGCCGACAUUGACUCUGUCGACUGGGCGGCGGUGGCCCACGCAUACGGCCCAGCCACGGACAUUCCCGAUGCGCUGCGGCGACUGCAGCAGGCCGACGACGUGCAGGAUGCGUACUGGGUGCUAUAUGGCAACCUGUACCAUCAGGGCACGCGAUACGCGGCCACGGCGACAGCGAUCCCGUUCCUGUACCGGCUGCUGGACGAUCCGCACACGCCACAGAAGGAACUGCUGCUGGAGUACCUGACCAAGCUGGCCAUCGGGGCCAACUCAACGCAGUCGCCCAUGGGCCAAGCCGAGGCUGGCUGGCUCGAGACUGUGCGUGCGAUGCAAAGCGACCCAGCCUAUGUCGACCGCCUGCGCCAGACCCAGGCCACCUGGCUGAACGCGAGCACGAGCCAGGCCGACCGCCAGAAGCGUGAGCGCGAGCUGCAGCUGCAGCCGAAGCCCGAGGGCGCCGUCGAGGUUGCCAUGAUGAACCACCGCGCCUACGCGGCCGUGCAGGCCGGUGUGGACUCGCUGAUCGCCCGCCUGCAGGACCCAGCCGCCGUCGUGCGAGCCCAUGCGGCCUAUACGAUGGCUUGGUUCCCGGCCGUGCAGCCACAGACACGGCCAGCACUCGAGGCCCUGCUGGCGACUGAGCCGGACGUUGCCGUCCGCGCAUCUGCCCUCUUUUCCCUAGCCAUCACCCAGUACAUGACCGGCGACCUGGCUGCCGACAGCGCCGUCGCCCGGCUGCUUCAGGCCGAGGCAGCCGCUCCAGACGCCGACCUGUUCGUCCGCUGGGUCGGCUGUCUUGGCCUGCUGAAGCUGCGCUGUCAGACCGCCGACCAGCUCGCGCUCGUUGCCCGCAAGCUCACGGACGACGCCUUCCUCAACGAGUACGAGUCUGAGAACCUGGAGGAACGCGGAACCGUCUUCCCGUUUGCCGCCCACGACAUCGAGGACCUCGCUGCUCUCGCCACCCUCGAGACCGCCGGACUCAAGGGCAGCGAGCACCCCGAGUUCGCCCGCGCCAUCAUGCAGACAUUUGCCAGCGCCAGCGGACUCGAGCUCCUCAGUCUCACAGCGUCCUGCAUUAACAUCGCCUUUGACGGCGUCACUCCCCCCCGCGGCGCUCCCUUCCACACCUUCACCCCCUUGCAACAGGAACUCCUGCACGCCCUGCUCAAUGUCAGCGACAGCAUGUGGGCUUUUGCCAACUUCACCAUGAUCAUGGACCAGUGGACUUUGCCCGGGUCCAAGCCCGAGCUCGAGAAGCUCGUUCGCUCCUCAUGUACAUGA